GUCUUCGUGGUUGGGCACGAUUGGGGAGCUAUUGUGGCGUGGAAUCUAUGCGCUUUCAGGCCGGAUAAAGUUAAAGCUCUCGUCAACUUGAGCGUCGCCUUUUUCCCUAGAAAGCAGGCUUUCUGGCGCAUUGACACCUUGAGGGCAAUGUACGGCGACGAUUUGUAUAUUUGUCGAUUUCAGGAACCUGGAGAAGUGGAAGCUCAAUUAGCCGAACUUGAUACAGCCCUGUUCUUGAAGGGUUUGUUAACCUCUCGCUAUGCAGGCCCUUUUCUCAUACCAAAAGAUGACAGAUUUAAAGAAAGAUUUAGUCAAGAAAUCACGUUACCUGCUUGGCUUUCUGAAGCUGAUAUCGACUACUUCGCGACCAAACUCAACAAGACCGGCUUCACCGGUGGAAUUAAUUACUAUCGUAACAUAGACAAGAACUGGGAGCUCACUGCUCCAUGGGAUGAUAUUCAGAUAAAAGUUCCGACAAAGUUCAUCGUCGGCGAUCUCGAUUUAGCCUACCGUUGUGAAGGAAUGGAGGAUUACAUUCACAAGGGUGGGUUCAAAAGAGAUGUGCCGUUGUUGGAGGAUGUUGUUGUGAUGGAAGGGGUUGGACACUUCAUUAAUCAGGAGAAGGCUGAAGAAAUCUCGAACUAUAUUCUUGACUUCAUUCACAAGUUUUAAUCUGUUCUUCGAUGGAUUAAUGAUGUUAUUUCUGCUCCGCUUUUUCCUUUUAAAGUUUAAAUAAUGUCUCAUGGGAUUGAUCACACCACAAAUAUGAUAUGAUGUAACGUAAUAUUG